CUGAAGGAGAGACGCCGCAUCCUGCUGGCUUCCAAAGAGAAGCCCAAGCCCAAACUGAUGAGGUUGAGCAGCUCAUCCUCCGCCAUGAGGCCUUUCGCAAGGCUGCUGUAACCUGGAAAGAACGCUUCAGCUCCCUCCGUCAGCUUUCUGCUGCUGAGAAGAAAAAAGAGGAGGAGAAAAGGACCCCCCUCUCCAGUCGAAGGAUGUUCCCAUUAUCUUGCCUGACUCCCAGUGUUCCCUCAACCAGCGCUACCUCUUCUUUCCUAAGACAGACGGUACAGGCACAAAUAGAACCCAAACCCUUACAGACCACUUUGGAUCUGGGUGCCACCUCUGCAAGCCAGAGAUUGCCUUCAACACUAGCCAGCUAUAGCCCAAUCAUAAAUGGAUCAGGCUACCAUGGACUGGAUCAGCAGGGCAGUGGGAAGUUGAUAGGCACCUCUUACCUUGGGAUGAACCACCAGGCAGCCGGAGGUGGAAGUGACUCUGGUUUCUCAGCACUGACCUCUCAGAGUGGUGGAGCAGACACCUCCACCUAUUUUGGUUUAAACCAUCAAACUGCUGGUAGCAUAGAAAGCUCUGGGUACUUUGGACUAACUACUGGGAGCAUAGGUGGGUUGCAGAAUCAUCUGAGCAGUGGUAGGUUAGGCAGUUCAGGUAACCUAGCUCAGCAGCCAGGCAGUGGGGGUAUGGGAAGCCCAGGAUUUCUGUCUCAGCAGAAUAUGGGCAGUUCUGGAUAUUUGGCACAGCCGCAAAACAUAGGGAGUUCUGGAUAUUUGGGACAACAGCCAAAUUUAGGGAGUUCAGGAUAUUUGGCACAACAGCCCAAUAUGGGGAGCACUGGGUUUUUGGCACAGCAGUCUAAUAUGGGGAGUACUGGAUACCUGGCACAGAAUUAUCAGAGCACCGGUGGAUUGGGUAGCUCAGGCUAUCUGGCACAAAAUCAUUACAGCAGUGGAAGCCUGGGUAGUUCUGGCUAUCUGGCACAGAGCGGUGGCAUCAUGGACCCAAAAAUGGCAUAUGCAUGGCAGCACCUGAAAGCUGACUUCAUGCAGCCUAGAAUUAACCACAUCCACAAGGCUGUAAACCCCCUCCUAGAAGCCAGCAGAGUGCAGCGUGAACAGUUUGGGGACAUCCCAAUGGCAGACAUGAUGGGACCAGAGUCAGGGCUGGAGCUCCUCCACGGCCGUCUCCAGAGAGAUCCCCGUGGCAGCCGCUCUGACCCUCAGAUGGACCAUCUGAGGAGAGAAAGGGAGUACAAGCUGGGCAGACAGACCUCCAGUGAACAGGAAAUCCAGGCAAGGCUAAACGAGCUGCCACUGAUUGUGCGGCAGGAGCGUUUUCGGAGGCGCCUGGAGAGGCAGUCUUCUAGUGAACAGGAGGGCAGUGGCAAGCAGAGGCUGCAGAGGCAGGACUCGAGUGACCUGGAGGGCUCUGCUAAGGAGGGCUCUGACAAACGCUCAGGAGAGAAGAGAAAUACUAUGGCAGAGAUUGUAGAACAGGUCCAGGAGAGAGAGGCAGCACAUGCACGGGGAGAGCCUUAUCGACCUCCUAGCAGCCUCUCAGCACCCGUGACCCGUUUUGAUGGACGUCCUCGUGCCCGAGACCGUCCCAAACCAAGGAGGAGGCCCCGUCCGAAAGAGCCUGAGGAGACUCGACGAUCUCGCUCAGCCCCGGCAACUGGAGCCCCAACAACACCCCAGCCACCAUCACACACUGCCCACAACGAAGGCUUCCUCUACCGCAAAAAGGCCACCAGCUCUGACCUUGAAGCUCAGCAGAGGAGUCCAAACAGCAAGUCCUGGGUGAAUGUAUACUGUGUGCUGAAAGAGGGCAAGUUGACCUUCUAUAAGGAUGCCAGGAACCACAACACAACAUACAACGGAGAGACUCCUGUUGACCUUAGUACCUGCUCAUUUGAUCCUUCAAUGGGAUACAAGAAGAAGAAAAAUGUCUUCAUUCUUCAGGUGAACGAUGGAAACAACUUUGUAUUUCAUGCAAAAGACGAGGAGGACCUGAAGGCAUGGACUUCAAAUAUCACCACCUGUAUAGCUGAGCAUGAGGCCAUGGUCAAGUGGGACAAGCCAGGCACCUCAUCUAUGGAUCCCGACCGCUCUGAGAGGAAGGAGAAGUCAGAGGGGGAUGCAGAUGCCAGGUCAGAGAGGUCUGAGCUUGCUGAGGGGGAGGAGAGGUCUGAGAAGGAGAGGUCAGAGAAAGGCGAUGGCUCUGAGAAGUUAGACACAUCUGAAAUUGCUGACAAGCUGGAGGGUGGGGCAGGGGGCUCCAGCACAUCUGGAAAAAGCAAAUGAGAAGCCCUUUUGUGUUUUACUGUUACUCACUGACAAAAGGCAUAGGAGGCAGUGGGUGGGAGGGAUGGAUGGAGAGCAUGUGCAGUUAGGUUUGCAGGUCCUCAGUCACACAGCUGGAACAUGCUGAGGCCAUGGUCCUUCGAUUGAGUAUUGUAACUGUGACAGACUAAUCUCUCAGCCUCUCCCCUUCACCCAGGAAAAACAUCAGUGCUUGUGGUGGGCCACCUGCUAGUAGAUAGGAGGCUCUCUGAGAUGGACAGACAGACUCUAACAAAUGGUUCCAGGAAUUAGUCACUGUCACUUCCUAUUGUUGAUCGUUUAAUCUCUUGGAUUCACAGCAUCUUUCUUUAUGUAUCUUUGACUGAUAAUGUAAUGCUCUGUCUAUCUAGACAAACCUGAGAAGUGGCAAAUGAAAUAUUUCACAAUAGUAAAAAAGACAAAUGUUUUUGAAGCAAUAUACUUUUUUAUUUUUCCUCUUUGUUGGUGAGAGAAAUGGGGGAAAAGGAAAUAAGACGUAAUGUAAGAAGCAGCUGUAAACUAUAAUUUCUGUCACAUCCAGAUAAGCUUACUCCAGGCAGUCGUGCACCUUAAACACCCAACACAUCUGUAUACUAAUCAUAGUGACAUUUAACCCCCAUCACAUGGCUAGCUUUGACUCAUCUUAAUAUAAUGGAAUGCUUGUGUUACCACCUGACUUCACUGGUGUCAUUUCCACAGUUUCUUUUCCCUUCUUCUGAUUCUUAUUAUGAUCUCUCCACAACAAUCCGUGUGCAGAAAAGAGCUUUCCUUCCAAUUAUGAUCCAUUUGCCCCCAAGGCAUGUUAAAAGUGGCAAUGCUCAAAGUAACACUAAGCCUGAGACAAUGCCUUUGUAUACAUGACAAAAAUCAGACCAUUGCAUGAAAUAGUCUGUUAGUGCACCUGUUAAACUUGCCUUUAUUUCUAUGUUCUUGACAUAAAUUGGGCAGCAGUGGAACUGCAAUAACCUGGGUGGGAGGUAUUUGCUGUUGUAGUCCAGAGGUAAGUCUGAAAAAGCAGAGCUGUCUUCUCUCGACAGAAAGCAUGAAAAGAAGCCAAAUGGCUCCUUCUGCUGUCUGUACUGUAUC